GCGCGCUGCGCGGCCGACGGGGUGUCUGGGGGGCGGGGCGGGGGCAAGUGUGGCUUUUUUGCCUCAUUGUCCCCUAGUGCCUGCCGGACAGCGCUCAGGCUGCCGGCGUCAUGAAGAUCUGGACUUCAGAGCACGUCUUUGACCACCCAUGGGAAACUGUUACGACAGCUGCAAUGCAGAAAUACCCAAACCCUAUGAACCCAAGCGUGGUUGGAGUUGAUGUGUUGGACAGACAUAUAGAUCCCUCUGGAAAGUUGCACAGCCAUAGACUUCUCAGCACGGAGUGGGGACUGCCUUCCAUUGUGAAAUCUCUUAUUGGUGCUGCAAGAACUAAAACAUACGUGCAGGAACAUUCUGUAGUUGAUCCUGUAGAGAAGACAAUGGAACUUAAAUCUACUAAUAUUUCAUUUACAAAUAUGGUUUCAGUAGAUGAGAGACUUAUAUACAAACCACAUCCUCAGGACCCAGAAAAAACUGUUCUGACUCAAGAAGCCAUAAUCACUGUGAAAGGAGUCAGUCUCAGCAGUUACCUUGAAGGACUAAUGGCCAGUACGAUAUCUUCAAAUGCUAAUAAAGGUCGAGAAGCAGUGGAAUGGGUAAUACAUAAAUUAAAUGCUGAGAUUGAAGAAUUGGCGGCUUCGGCAAGAGGGAGCAUAAGGACACCAAUGGCGGCGGCCGCAUUUGUAGAGAAAUGAGGAUGAAAGUCAGUACCCAACAUCCACCCCCCCCAGGUCUCUGCAAACUGGCAAUAUAUUUAUUUGUUAUUUAAAAAAAUAAAACUAUAUUUUAGGUAGUUUUUUUUUUUUUUUA